AUGGCCACUAAAAUUGCUAAUUUCGUCAAGGAAAACUACCUUGACGGGGUUGACAUUGACUGGGAGUAUCCUGGAGCACCUGAUAUCCCGGGGAUUCCUUCUGACGAUGAGGACUCUGGUGACAAUUAUUUGACCUUUCUUGUUUCUCAAGAACCUCCUUCCCGGAAAAUCGAGCUCAAUCGCGGCCGCCGUGUCGUACUACCACAGUAG